AUGUUAACGGUGGUCACUAGGUACGCUACUUGUAAUUCUGAGCAUCUGCAACUUUCGCCUCAUACUCUGACAGUGAGAAAACACAAUGUUUCAGCCGUCUCCAACCCGGUUCAGGAACCCAAACUCGCUGAGUCACUCUCCCCGGGUCAGUUCCGAGUCGACAUCCUCUCUGAAUCGCUCCCUUUCAUUCAGAAGUUCCGGGGAAAAACCAUCGUCGUCAAGUAUGGCGGUGCCGCCAUGAAGUCACCGGCGCUGCAGGCAUCCGUGAUCAACGACCUCGUACUUCUCUCCUGUGUCGGCCUCCGCCCCGUCAUGGUCCACGGCGGCGGGCCGGAGAUCAACCACUGGCUCAGCCGACUCAACAUCCAGGCCGUGUUCCGCGACGGACUCCGCGUCACCGACGGCGACACCAUGGAGAUCGUGUCCAUGGUGCUCGUCGGAAAGGUAAACAAGACGCUGGUUUCACUCAUCAACAAGGCCGGCGCCACCGCCAUCGGCCUUUCCGGCAUGGACGGCCGCCUCAUAACCGCCUGCCCCAGCCCCAAGGCGGCGGACCUGGGGUUCGUCGGAGAAGUGGAGCAGGUGGAUCCGUCGGUGCUUCGGCCACUGAUUGCGAGUGGGUACAUCCCGGUGGUGACGUCAGUUGCGGCCGACAAAUACGGUCAGCCGUACAACAUCAAUGCUGAUACAGUGGCGGGAGAAUUAGCAGCGGCGCUGGAGGCGGAGAAACUGAUUCUGCUAACUGAUGUAGCUGGGAUAUUGGAGAAUAAGGAUGAUCCAAAGAGCUUGGUGAAGGAGAUUGAUAUAAAGAGAGUGAAGAAAAUGAUGGAUAAUGGGAAAAUUGGUGGUGGAAUGAUUCCCAAGGUGAAUUGCUGCGUGCGAUCGCUAGCUCAAGGGGUGAGGACUGCCAGUAUUAUCGACGGCCGCGUCCCGCAUUCUUUGCUGUUGGAGAUUUUGACGGAUGAAGGUGCUGGAACUAUGAUCACUGGCUAAAUUUUUUAGAUUGAUUUUAUAGUGUUUCUUGUUUUUCAUGUGAUAAAUGAAAGCUUGCAAUGAAUGAUGCAAGGUUUUGCUGCUUUUUGUGCACAGCUUCUAGUAAAUCGUUUUGUACUUCGCUUUUAGUAAUGCAUAAGGAAAAUAUUGAUUUGGUUUCCUUAUGUUUUCGUUAUGAAGUUUUGGGUCUUUUGGUUGAACGAAA